CCAUUUUAGCUGUGCGCACAAAGGUGCGCCGUACGUGUGCUCCCGAGUCCCUGACACCACUGUAUUAAAAGCCGUGUUUUCAUGUCCCUCUCGCUAGUUUCAUUCGACUUGUUGAUGUUUUGAUUCUUGCGUCCAAAUUCGGCAUAUUAUAAUGGCAAGUAAAGUUCCAGAGACGGAGAACUUCAGGAAAUUCAAACAACAGCAAUUGUUGAAAAAAUUCAUCCACAAUCGUCAGAAGACUGCCGAUUCGAUAAUCGAUUUUCCGAUGAAUAAAAAACGGUUAAGAGUCUUGUCGAAGUCCAAGACACUCGCGCGGAAUGCUGCAGGGAUCUUGUAUUGGAUGUUUCGCGAUUGCAGAGUUCAAGACAAUUGGGCCUUCCUCUACGCACAAGAACUGGCCUUGAAAAAUCGUCUCCCUUUGCACGUCUGCUACUGCACUCACUCGGAAUGUGCGCGCACUUCAUUGCGUCAUUUCAAAUUUCUUGUUAGAGCCUUGAAGCUGGUCUACAAUGAAUGCCAAGAGUUGAAUAUCAGUUUCCAUCUGCUCUACGGGGAGCCCGUCUCGGCCGUCCUGGAUUUUAUUCACAAUUAUAAAAUGGGAGCCCUUUUCAUCGAUUUCUCCCCACUGAGACUGCCAAUGUCUUGGGUAGAGCAGAUUAGGGAGAAAUUACCUAAGAAUAUUCCAUUCUGUCAGGUUGAUGCUCACAAUAUCGUGCCCUGCUGGCGGGCCUCUGAUAAACUGGAGCAGUCAUGGCAAACAAUCGGACCCAAAAUAACUUCUCAACUAUCAGAGUAUCUGACAGAGUUUCCACCGGUGGUAAAACACCCCUACGACAGCACCUACCAAUUCCCCAACCUCAAUUGGAAUCAUUUUCGGGAUUUCAUCGUCAUCGAUGAUACAGUCGAAAUGUUGCAUUGGUGCAGGCCCGGGUACCCAGGGGCUGUGGGAGAGCUUGAGAGGUUCCUCAGGAUGGGUCUCCAGGACUACCACGAGAAGAGGAAUGAUCCUAUGAAGAAAGCCACCAGUAGACUCUCCCCUUGGUUUCACUUUGGCCUGAUUUCUCCGGCCAGAGUCAUGUUGGAGGUCCAAGAAUAUAUGAAGGACCAUCCGGAGUCAGUCAAGUCCUUUAUUGCGGAGGCGGUUAUCAGGAGAGAAUUGAGCGACAAUUUCUGUUUUUAUAAUGAGAAUUACGACAAACUUAAGGGAGCGCCUUACUGGGCUAUUAAAUCCCUGAAAGCACACAGGAAGGACAAUAGGAAGUGGUUGUACACGUUAGAGGAAUUUGAGAAUUCUCAGACCCACGAUGAUCUAUGGAACGCAGCCCACAAUCAGCUGCUGAGGAAGGGAAAAAUGCAUGGAUUCAUGAGGAAGUACUGGGCGAAGAAAAUUCUGGAGUGGAGUCCAACGCCUGAGGAUGCUCUAGCCUGGGCAAUCUACCUCAAUGACAAGUACAGUUUGGACGGCCGAGAUCCUAAUGGUUAUGUUGGGUGCAUGUGGUCGAUUUGUGGAGUUCACGAUCGGAGAUUUAUGGAGCGGGAGGUAACCGGGACGAUUCGUUACAUGGACUACAAAGAGUGCGAGGAAACAUUCGAUGUGAACGCUUACAUGAAAAAAUUCAAUAGAAAAAUCGUGAAUAAGAAGGAACCAGUUGAGGAAAACCCCAAGAAAUUGAAGAAAUAAUUCAUGAAAUAUUGUUCUCCAUUUACUUCACAAUUUGUUUUCUUUGAACACUAUCUGUUAAUGUUACCCAUAUUUUAUUAAAACAUAAAAAAUGCAGAAGCAUUUUAUUUUCAAUAA